AUGGCGCCGCCGAACUUGCAAGGCCUAAACGUGGUGCAGCCCGCGCCGCAGGGCUUCGACGGCUCGAACGGGCUCCAGCUGCCCGCGUCGUACCCGGACCUCGCGCAGCUCGAGCUCUGGUCGCAGCUCUCGUUCUCCUCCGACGAGCCCUUCGCGCCGCUCUCGCGCCCGUCGCCCGGCAAAGACACCAAGGACCUCUCGAGCGACGACGGCGCGGCGGUCGAGGAGCCGGCCGGCCCCGCCCGGCUCGAGAGCCACGAGAACGCGACGCAGGGCCGCGAGUUCGAUCUGCAGAGCUUGUUGGCGAGCUUUGCGAGCGAGCCGUACGCGCACAGCCAGAGUCCGGCGCAGAACCUCGCGAGCGCGCAGCAGAGCCUCGCGCAGAUCCUUGCGCUCGGUGCGCCGUCCAACGGCCAGGCUGCAUCAUUCCCCGCCCCGCCAUCAGCUGUUGCAUCUACUACUGCUACUGCUACCACUACGAACGCGCCCCCGGCGAAAAAGGCGCGCACACGCAAGGCGUCGGUCAGCGCAUCGAUCGCCGAUGAAGAGUUCGACGACGAGGACCUGUCCGCGGGCGGAAAGAACCUCAGCCCGGCCGAGGACAAGCGCAGGCGCAACACGGCCGCGUCCGCCCGGUUCCGCGCGAAGAAGAAGGAGCGCGAGGCCGCGCUCGAGCGGCGCGCGGCGGAGCUCGAGAGCCGUGUGGGCGAGCUCGAGAGGGAGUGCGAGGGGCUGAGGAGGGAGAACGGGUGGUUGAAGGGGCUGGUUGUGGGUGUUACGGGCGUGGGGGUUGGUGGGUUGCAGCCGCCGCAGGUGGGGCAGAAACGGGCGCGCGAGGAGAGCGCAUAG